AUGGGUAACAACAGCAAUGGAAAAUUUUCUGCACGACCACGUUUUGUUCGAAUUAUGGCACAAGAAGGACAUGUCGUACUUUUACGAGCAUUUAUUCUUGUACAAGAACGAACAUGGAUUGUAGUUAAUAUGAAUACAAUGACAAUGAGUCCAUUAAAAUGUGAAAAGAUUGUUAGGUGA